AUGGCGCAUACAGAGAUCGAGCCUAGGAGUCUCUCAGUGAGGAAUAUUUCUCUCGGAGCUAUUUUAUUUCGAUCUUGGGGACUUUUCUUUCAACGUCAAGGAGCAUUUGCUAAGAAGUUCACUAGAAAGCGGUUCGUCGUGGCGAUUCACGUUUUCAUUUCUCUCCUUUUACAGGGAAGCGACCAGGGCGAGCGUAGCACAGUGCCGUGCGAACGGUGGGAAUACGACACCCAGAAAGACGGCGAAAGUAUCGUCAGCAUGUGGAACUUGGUGUGCACCCGCAGGUGGCUCUACUCCGUUUCGAAAUCCACGUUCGGACUGGCUCCCAUGGUAUUCAUUCCGAUCGCCGGAAUAGCAGCAGACCGCGUGGGUCGGAGACCGGUCUUGUCCACGUGCGCCAUCUGCACAUUGCUCGGCAGCCUGGUGGCCACGGCGUCCACCUCCGUGGGAAUGUUCAUCCUGUCGCGCCUUGUCACUGCUGCCAUGGCCAGUGCAACCAUGGUGAUGGCUUUCACUAUGCUCUACGAAGUGACCGGAAGUCAGCACCGGGGUCCGUAUAUACUAACAGCCAGUGGCAGCGCCAUGGUCGUGAUGACUCCGCUGGUGCACCUUCUUUCGACACUCAAACCAAGGUGGGUGCUCUCACAAGCGCUCCUCGUCACGGCCACGGCGUUAAUGGUCUCUUGCUGCUGGUACCUGGACGAGUCCCCCGUUUGGCAGAUUGCUGCUUGGAAGAUACGAGCAGCUGAAUUCACCGUACUCCGAGCCGCCCGGUUGAACGGUAUAGAAGCUGGCAAGGCCACAGCAACAUUCCAGGCGUUGAAACAGCAGCUCUUAAAGCGGGAUGCCAACACCUCAACGGUGACUGCUGGCGUCACGAGCAUACUCCGUUCGGCUUCCCUCCGGCGGCGCGCAUUGUCUGCAUUCGUGACGUGGUUCAGCGUGAGCUUUGCCCUUUAUGCCUCAGGCUUGGGUGCCACGCUCGAAGAACCGUGGGUUCUCGCAUCCUUUCUAUGCACUGGGCUCAUUCUCAUCAUAGCCUUCUAUGGCAUGAAGCAACGAGGCCACCGCGUGACUCUGUCAGGCGUACUUGCCUUCCUCGGCGCCUCAAGCGUGCUGCAGACAGUCCUCUCGAAUUGGCCCUUGCCCGCCGUACAUCCUCUGCCGAGGAUAAUGAUGUCCAGCGCGUCGGCGAUUGCCAUGUGCCUGAACUACGCCUACACCGGGGAGGUGUACCCUACGACGAUUCGAAGCUUGGGACUUUGCCUUUCGUACUCCUUCGGCCGGCUUGGCGUGCUUCUGGCUAUAUGCAUCGAAAUAUUCUUCCACGAAGAACAGCUCUUGGUCGCUGGGGUCAUCACGACAGCGCUGGCUUUUGGGAGCGUAAUAGCGAUCCAGUGUCUUCCCGAAGUAUAUGUCGAGAAGAAGCCCGCCGAAGUCCGCCUAGUUCUGAGCGAAGAUCAGCGCAAGGAAGCACUGAAAACAUCUUUGAGGCCCACCACGGCGACGCAAAAGACACCCAAGCCAGACAAACCGGGCAAGCAGCAUGGCCAACGCAAGAGAAAAGCAAGCUGGAAACGCAGUGCCGCGACCGAAAUUUCAGCGGCAGCAUCGCCAGCGGCAACAUCUCCAGCGGCAGCCUGUUCCCAAGAGGAAAGUGUUGGCUCUCCUGAGCUAGCCUCACCGAUGCCGAUGUGCAAAACCCCAUCGCAAUAACACAAGAGCAUCGAAUAUAUGCGGGCUGAUUAAGGAACACGUAACUUCGUUUCUUUUUAUUUUCACGUACUCACAGGUUUUUGCUACCUUUAGCUAAAUUAACUGUGCGGUGAUUGGUUAUUAUUUAAAUCUGAUACCUUCUGCUGCACUGUUUUUGUGGGCGCAAGUUUUUUCACGUUUGUUUUCUUGUUCUCAGUGCCUGCGAGUCAUAUACUAGUGGCUGCUUAAGGCAGAUUUGCUGGCGCAGCUAAUCCUUAAAUGCAUAUUAUAGCCUCUGGUGCAUUAAAAAGACAAAAGGUGUUGAUUUAAUUCACACCUACCAUAUGACUUUCAUUCAAUGUACCCGCUCCAUACUUGAGGUUUCCUGGCCUUUUUACUUCCUCAGUAAUCUCAGCAUAAAUCGUGCGAGGCAGCAGAGCCGUGCUUCUUUGAAACUUUCCACAUUGUUAGAAAAAAAUUUCUAUUUGGCGCAGUUGCUAGGCUUUACUACCCAGUACAGCUUCGAAACUACCUGCUUUUUACUCCCUUGGAUAAUUCGCACUUGGUAGGAGGUACCUUUUAUUAAGCAUUUACAAGGUUUCACAGACCAAUUAGUAAAAGGCACUCCCUCUCCCAUGCAUGGUUUGUUAUCUGUGUUGUGGCUGUCUUAAUGGGAUGGUCUGAUAGACUAUAGUCCUUAUAAGUAUGGUGUGUGAAUAGUCAUAUGCUGCUUUGUGGCGCACUUUUGGGCAGACUGUACCUUCCACAAAUAUAGCUUCAGGAUUUUGUUGA